ACCAGAACGCCGGUGCGAAUCUCUCCCUCACGCGACUCUAGUUCGGAGAUGUUUGGCUGCGUGUCUUCUUUUCUUCCGUCGUCACAAGCUACGGCUCGCCCUGCGGCAUAAGCCAUGUCAAGAUAAAUCGACCACCCAGCUGGAGUCCCCAGUUCUUUCAGUCGACGUGUGGCGCGUUCUGUCUCCCGGUGGACCCAUGUUUAACGACGCGUCGUCCAACGUGUUUGCGUUUGGUUUCAAUGUGUGUUUCAGGAGCUAAGAAUCGCAACACAAAGCUGCACGAUCAACGGCCUGCCCCAAAAUGGCUGAGCGCUGACAGCUCUUCUUUGCCUUUCCUUUUCUGUUUACGCGAUGAGCGCAGCGCCUUUAAAUAUCAUAUUGCCACCUGCUGUACAGACAGUGUAAUGCAUGUCCUUUAUUGGUCACAAAAUGGAGUUAACAAUUGCUUUCAUUGCAUUAAUACCAACAACUUUUGUGGAAACUCACCUUCUCGGUUGUUCAUAAAUUAGGAUAUUUAAUGUCAAUUGUCAAUAUGUGUUGGACUGGCAUGAUGAAUCGUUGGCGUUUGACGUUAUAUACAGGUUAAAAACUCGUGUAUAUCGCUCCUGUAGUUAUGGUUUGUUCCAGAUGUGUAUUUCAGACGAGAUUUUAAAAAAAGAUAAUUUAAAUCUCUGCUCUAAUAGAAACGGGUGGGGGUCUUUCACUUAUCCCAUCAAAUGAACAAUAAAAACCAAUCACAUGUUUCACCGCGGUGAUUCAAUCUUCAGGUCUAGUAAAUGAUUUUAAAGCCUACUUGCAUUGUCACUUAAGGAGGAGCAGGGUGGUUUCAAGAUUUUCUAGCUACGAAAACAUGAGAGAUUCUUCGAGUUGCUCGAUUCUAUUUUCAGUGUCUUUUGUUGUUUGAAAUGUGCAAUUUACUGUAGAUCGGCGAAAUUAUUUAGAACCUUUUAAAAAUACAGCUACAUGAACCUGAACGAACCGAACGGGGUCAUAUUAAAUACACAACAAAAAUAACAAUAAUGGCGUCAGUAGGAUUUAUCCAGGAAGUGACGCAUGCUAGAGACGCACGUGGAAACUCUGCCUCCCCGUGAUUGGCCCUUUGUCACGUGACUGAAUGCGCAUAUUUAAGCUUCUGGCGCGAGACGUUCAGACCGUCGCUAUCGUUCUCAGGAAGUUGAUCUCCAUUUUUGACUGGAUUGAAAAAAAAGAAACAAUGAGUUCCAGUGGCAAGACUAAGCCCAGCCAGGAGAAAUACAACGAGAAUCUCAAGAACUUUUUUGGUAGUUCUCAAAAAGCAUUGGGGACAUCAGCUCCAAGGCCAACAUUCAAGGUCCUGCAGGCGUCGGCUGUGAACAAAAAUCUGGGAAAGACCCCACAGCAGGCAGGAAAAGUAGUCCCCAAAAGAAAACAGUGGCAUUCGGAACCACGGGGUCAGAAGAGGGUGAGAGUGGAGGUCAAGUCGACCCAGACAGAAGACAAUGACAGCUCUGCAGAUGGAAUCUCACCCGAAGCGUAUAAUCUGAUGGUCAAAGAAACUCCACCUGAAGCCUACUGGAAAGAGGUGGCAGAGAGCCGGCGGAGAGCUCUGUUUGAUAUGCUGAGGGAGAACGAAACGCUGUUUAAAGACCUGGAGGUGAAGGAGGAGCAGAUUAAGCAGCUGAAGAGUGAGAACACAGAACUUCAGGAGCUGGCGCAGCACGUCAAGUACAUGGCUGACAUGAUUGAGAGGCUGACAGGGAAGGAACCCGACAGUCUUGAGCAGCUGAAGGAGAUCACACUGGAGGAAGAAAAACAAGAGGAUUGUGAAGAAGGGGAACCUUUUUCCAGUGACGAAGAGUUUGACGUUGAGCGCGACUUGUGCCAUGAACCGGGUGACACUGGAGAGAACGACGACUAAUCCCCUCGCUGACCUCACGCUUGUGCACGAUCCUGUUUCCAAGUCAUUUGGCUUUUAAAGUUUUUGUUUAGGAAGGUGCAUCUUUUUAAGAUUAGUUUUAAAAUGUGGAUUAUUUUUGACGUGUUAGCUGCUCCCAACACUUGAAUUGGCUGAUUGUGCUACAUAGACUUGUACAUACAUAUGCUGUAAAAUAAAGUUUUUAUUUCGAGCAGA